CAUUCCUAUUGGUUUGCUAAAAAUAUAUUCUGCGUAUUUAUAUCGUUUGCCGGACUUAAUUCUUUUCAAACAUAGUGCGCUUUUGAAACUAUAAACUUUACCGUAAAAAUUUAGGUUAAACAAACUUUGCAUCAUGGCUAAUUCAACAGCAGAUAUGAUGACAACAACACUCACAACAAACAAAGCAUUUGAACCUAGCUCUACAACUAAAGAUACUUCUAUGGAAAUGGCUGAAAAAAUGCAUUUUGUCACAAGUGCCAUAGUUGGAACUAUUUUCGUUAUCGUCGGAAUAACCGGAAAUAUACUGUCAAUCAGCGUCUGGAGGAGACCGAAGAUGCGUUCAUCAACUGGAACUUACUUGAUCGGACAGGCGAUUGCCGAUAUGGGUCUGCUUUUCUUCUUCUUUAUCACAGAGAGCAUCCCGAAAAUGGCACCGGAAGUACUAACAACUCACUCGUACGGUGUGUUCUUUUCGUACAUUGGAUUUCCGAUCUUUUUCCUGUUUGUGAUUUGUAGCAUUUGGUUUACUGUCGGUGUAACUGUUGACAGAUAUAUUCAAGUGUGCUGGAUCAGCAAAUCCAGGGACAUGUGUAACACAAAAAGAGCAUUGAUAGGGUUAGGCAUCAUCACAUUUCUAUGCUUCAUCAUAAAUACUCCGCAUUUCGCUUCAUAUGAGCCAGUUCCUUCCAGUGAACGCAAUGCGUCAGACGCCGGUUUUCGUCCAACAGAAUAUGGCGCCGGAACCGGAAGUAAAAACUAUGAAUUCUGGGUACAUUGUAUGUUUCUCGUACUGGCUCCCUGGGCUACUAUCUUCGUCUUAAACAUGCUGAUAAUACAACGGGUAACAAAAAUCAAUCGUCACAUGAACGAUAAGAGAGGCGAGUCAGGGAAAGAGAAGGCGAAAAAGUCCGAGACACAGAUGACCCGAUUACUCUUGACAGUGACCUUUACUUUCUUGGUUCUGAUAGCAUUCCAGUGCAUAACGCAGUGUUUCUUCAUGCAAGAUAAGGGAGAUCAUCGCAUUGUCCAAGAGGCGUUUUCAAUUGCGAAGCUCGGCAUUGUCAUAAAUUCAUCAAUUAAUUUCUUCCUUUACUGUCUGAGUGCAAAACGAUUCCGGAAGGAGCUUUCCGCUAUCGUCUGCGCGCGCAUACACGGCUAUGAUGAAUCAUCGACGUCACAUUCAAUGUCUACAUCAUCAUCUGCGGUAACCAGAACAAAAUCUGCGCUUUCAACAAACAAAUAAGAUGGUGCCUUGAAUUUAUAUAUAUUGUUUAUUUUUGCUUUUGUAUAAAUAGUUAGAAAACAUUAUAAAUUAGCUUAAAAUCAAGAUAUUCUGCAAGAGAAUGCGGAGAGUGUACGAUAAUUAUCUUACAUGCAAAAAAAAUGCUUCGUUAAGUGUUGGAUGUCACACAACAUUUCUGUCAAUGAAAGUUUUUGGGCAAACACAUGACCCAUAUUAACUGAUUUCCUUAUUUGUUCUUAUGUUUUUUAUAAGUUCUACAUUAUAAGUGUACUUUAUAAGUAUGUAUAAACAGUGUUGUGAAUAUCCUUUUUAAUGUUUAUAAUGAUAUAUGUAAAGAUACUGCAGCUGAUGUUAUGGUGUUAUAUUAUUAUUAUAAGCUCAUAUGUAGAAAACAUUGUGAAAAUCCAAAGAAUUCAUUUCUUUAAAGGUAAAUUAUGUCCCAGAAAUGAAUAAAUAGUUUAUUCUUUAGGAAGAGAAAACAAUAGUUUUAUAAUGAUUAAUUUGCGGUUUUAAAGUACGAUACAUAAGAAAUUAGCGUUGAAUGUGAAAUUAUUUGUCAUAAAA